GGCACCCCGGCGCCCGGCGCCUCGGGAGGCAGGAUGAGCAUCGAGAUCCCGGCGGGCCUGACGGAGCUGCUGCAGGGCUUCACGGUGGAGGUGCUCCGGCACCAGCCCGCGGACCUGCUGGAGUUCGCGCUGCAGCACUUCACGCGCCUGCAGCGGGAGAACGAGCGCCCGGGCGCCGCGCGCUGCGCCCACGAGGGCAGGACCUGGGGGGACGCCGGCGGGGGCGGCACCCCGAGCAAGGGGGUCAACUUCGUCGAGGAGCCCGUGCGCAGCGGCUCGGAGGACGGCGAGGACGACGAGGAGGAGGAGGAGGCGGCCGCCGCGGAGGCGGGAGCGUUCAACGCUCCCGUGAUAAACAGAUUCACACGGCGUGCUUCAGUAUGUGCAGAAGCUUAUAAUCCUGAUGAAGAGGAAGAUGAUGCCGAGUCCAGGAUUAUACACCCCAAAACUGACGAUCAAAGAAAUCGAUUGCAAGAGGCCUGCAAAGACAUCCUGCUCUUUAAGAACCUCGACCCGGAGCAGAUGUCUCAAGUAUUAGAUGCCAUGUUUGAAAAAUUGGUUGAAGAAGGGGAACACGUAAUUGAUCAAGGCGAUGAUGGUGACAACUUCUAUGUAAUUGAUAGAGGAACAUUUGACAUUUACGUGAAAUGUGAUGGCGUUGGAAGAUGUGUGGGUAACUACGAUAAUCGUGGGAGUUUUGGUGAGCUGGCCUUAAUGUACAAUACUCCCAGAGCAGCUACAAUCACUGCUACCUCUCCUGGUGCUCUGUGGGGUUUGGACAGGGUAACCUUCAGGAGAAUAAUUGUAAAAAAUAAUGCCAAAAAGAGAAAAAUGUAUGAAAGCUUUAUUGAGUCACUGCCGUUCCUUAAAUCACUGGAGUUUUCUGAACGCCUGAAAGUGGUAGAUGUGAUAGGCACCAAAGUAUACAACGAUGGGGAACAAAUCAUUGCUCAGGGAGAUUCAGCUGAUUCCUUUUUCAUUGUAGAAUCUGGAGAAGUGAAAAUCACUAUGAAAAGAAAGGGUAAAUCUGAAGUGGAAGAGAAUGGUGCAGUGGAAAUUGCCCGGUGUUCUCGGGGCCAGUACUUUGGAGAACUUGCUCUGGUAACUAACAAACCUCGAGCAGCUUCUGCGCACGCCAUUGGAACCGUCAAAUGUUUAGCCAUGGAUGUACAAGCAUUUGAAAGGCUUUUGGGACCUUGCAUGGAGAUCAUGAAAAGGAACAUCGCAACCUAUGAAGAACAAUUAGUUGCCCUGUUUGGAACAGACAUGGAUAUCAUUGAACCCACUGCAUGAAGCGAAAGUAUGGAGCAAGAAGACCUAUAGUGACAAAUUACACAGUAGUGGUUAGUCCACUGAGAUUGUGUUUGUGUAGAUGCCAAGCAUUUUCUGUGAUUUUCAGGUUUUUCCUUUUUUUUUUUUUACAUUUACAAUGUAUCAGUAAACAAAGUAGUGAUCUAAUAGUCAAUAUGUUUUCUCAUCAUAUUGACUAAAGAGUAGAUCAUAAAAAACAUUGAUAAAAAGACUUUCUACUCUAUAAAAUUAUUUGAACUAAAAGAUUGAUUCAAAUGAUUGUAAUAUAUUGCAAAUAUCUGUGUUUCAGAAGGUAAUGAAAG